GCCCCGGGGAGCGCGUCAGUUCCGGGUUGGGCCGGCGGCCCCCGGCGGAGCGCGGCCCCGUCCCGCCCCAUCCCGACCCCCGGCGCGGCCCUGCCCUGCCCACGGAGGGUCGGCAUGGAGAAGCUGCGGCGGGUGCUGGCYGGCCAGGACGACGAGGAACAGGGACUGACGGCGCAGGUCCUUGAUGCCUCAACACUCAGCUUUGGUACUCGAGUCAGAUGGUUUGCCAUAUGCUUUGUUGCUGGGAUUUUGUGUUCUUUUCUUGGAACAGCAUUGCUAUGGCUCCCAAAGGGGAUCAAACUUUUUGCAGUGUUCUACACCCUUGGAAAUAUUGCUGCWCUAGCCAGUACAUGUUUCCUGAUGGGGCCACUGAAGCAACUGAAAGCAAUGUUUGAUCCAAAACGAUUAAUAGCUACAAUUGUGAUGUUGCUUUGCCUAAUAUUAACUCUGUGUGCUGUAUUCUGGUGGAACAAAAAAGGUUUGGCGAUGUUAUUCUGCAUAUUGCAGUUCUUGGCAAUGACCUGGUAUAGUCUGUCUUAUAUUCCUUUUGCAAGGGAUGCUGUGAUUAAGUGCUUCUCAUCCUGUCUAGGGUAAAUUAAAACCAGGAACCACUGUCCACUUCAAAAGGCAACUUUUUUCCUCUGCAAAUUUUGCUCAGAAAUCUGUACUUUUCCACUUCUGAAAUACCCAGUAACAGUUUCGUAUUUUCACUGCCUUCUUCAUUUGGGAGAUGAAGUAAUUUUUCCUAGAAACAGUUUUUAAAAUAACUUUUGAGAAUUAUCUGUGUUUACCCUGGAACUUCCAGGCUUUUUUCUUUUUUUAACAAAAAAUUGCAUUUAAAUACUUCAUGCAGAGUAGUCUUAACACUACUUUGUAUCCAGUAACAGUUUAUUCCCCAGUGGAGGCAAGUCACCAAGGUCUGGGUAGWAUGCAUAAAGAUUUCAUUUAGAGUUCUGUCUAAAAUUUGCAAUGUGCCAUUUAUGUUURUGUAUUAUCCAUUCUAUGCUUUUCCAAAGACAGAGUUUUAUAAACAUUGUAAAGAUUUGGUGAGUUGUAAUUAACUGCUCCUUUGAAAUGUCUAUACAUGUGCCUUAUGGAAAAAACUUAAUGAGAAUGUGAAAGGUAUGUUUAAAACUUGUUGGAUUUUAUUAAAAAGUUGUAUUUUAAAUGAUUUUUUUUAAAAAGAACUUUCAUACUUAAAUACUUUUUACUAAAAGAACUUAUGGCUAAAUAAAUGAGACUUGUGAAUAAAUUCAUUUUAAAGGUGCCUAAUACAUUUUUAUUUAGGAGUCCACUAUAGAGGGCUGAAAAUUUCAGCAUUACGCUUGGAUAAACAUUAAAGCAUAAAAAGGGGGAUAUGUAUAUGACUAUAUCCAAAUUUGCUUAGUAGACUUACUGAAGUGACUUUAAAGGUUCUUUGGUUUUAGUAUUUAGACAAACUGUUUAUUCUGACUUAAUCUGAUAAUAGAUUGAGGUACUUUAACACUUUGACUGGCUUCAGUAAGAGGUUCUCAUUUCUAACAUUCUCAUCUAAGAACUGUCCAGUUAUUCUGGAGCAAAGUUAAAUCUUUAAUGUUURAUGGUUGAUAUUAUAUUGCAGGAGGUUCUUUUUUGCACAGGAUGGAUGUGUUUACUUAUGUGUG